UGCACAGCCAUUGGGCUGGCUCGGCCACCUGGCCACCCGCCUCUGUGCGCACACCCCUCUGGCUGCUGCCCCACCAUGGCCAGUCUGCUCCGGGCUGCUGGGACCUGGGGGCUGUUCCCCUGGAGGGGAUACUGCUCCAGGGGGAUGCAGUGUGUUUCUUCUUUGCAGGGGGAGCUCGGCAAAGGCUUUGUGGAGGCUCUGAAGGCAGUUGUGGGGAGCCCCCACGUGUCCACUGCUGCUGCAGACCGCGAGCAGCACGGGCAUGAUGAGUCCAUUCACAGGUGCCAACCUCCAGGGGCCGUGGUGUGGCCCCAGAAUGUGGAACAGGUCAGCCGGCUGGCAGCCCUGUGCUACAGCCAAGGAGUCCCCAUCAUCCCAUUUGGCACUGGCACUGGGCUCGAGGGUGGAGUCUGCGCUGUGCAGGGCGGUGUCUGCGUCAACCUGACCCACAUGGACCGAAUCCUGAAGCUGAAUCCAGAGGACUUCUCUGUGGUGGUGGAGCCAGGCGUCACCCGCAAAGUUCUCAACACCUACCUGCGGGACAGUGGCCUCUGGUUUCCUGUGGACCCAGGUGCGGAUGCCUCUCUCUGUGGCAUGGUGGCCACUGCGGCCUCCGGCACCAACGCUGUGCGCUACGGCACCAUGCGGGACAACGUGCUCAACCUGGAGGUGGUGCUGCCUGGCGGCCGGCUGCUUCACACCGCAGGCCUCGGCCGCCACUUCCGGAAGAGCGCAGCUGGCUACAACCUCACAGGGCUCUUUGUGGGCUCUGAGGGAACACUGGGACUCAUCACAGCUGCCACCCUGCGCUUGCACCCUGCCCCUGAGGCCAUGGUGGCCGCCACCUGUGCAUUUCCCAGUGUCCAGGCGGCCGUGGACACCACUGUUCACAUCCUCCAGGCUGCAGUGCCCGUGGCCCGCAUUGAGUUUCUGGAUGAAGUCAUGAUGGAUGCCUGUAACAGGCACAGCCAACUGAACUGCUCCGUGGCGCCCACACUCUUCCUUGAGUUCCAUGGUUCUGAGCGGGCACUGGCCGAGCAGAUAGAGCGGGCAGAGGAGAUCACCCAGCACAAUGGAGGCUCCCACUUCUGCUGGGCCAAGGAGGCUGAGGAGCGCAGCCGGCUCUGGGCGGCGCGGCACAACGCCUGGUACGCUGCUCUGGCCCUGCGGCCGGGCUGCAAGGGCUAUUCCACUGACGUGUGCGUGCCCAUCUCCCGGCUGCCGGAGAUCCUGGUGCAGACCAAGGAGGACCUGAAGGCCUCGGGACUCACAGGAACCAUUGUUGGACAUGUGGGCGAUGGCAAUUUCCACUGCAUCUUGCUGGUGGACCCAGAGGACCCCGAGGAGCUCGACAGGGUCAAGGCCUUUGGAAAACAGCUGGGCAGGCGAGCACUGGCACUCCACGGAACGUGUACUGGGGAACAUGGCAUUGGGCUGGGCAAGCAGCAGCUGCUACAGGAGGAGGUGGGUGACGUGGGCAUGGAGACCAUGCGGCAGCUGAAGGCCAUGCUGGAUCCCCGAGGCCUCAUGAACCCAGGCAAGGUGCUGUGAGGGUCUCCAAGCGCCUGGCCCACAAGCCCCCAGACAGUGGAACCUCCUGUUCUGGAACCUUCCUUCUUGUCAUAGAACAGUUCUGUCAAGGACCUGCAGAGGUCCUUGAUUGCCUUCCCCUUGGUCGGGGCCUCCUUACUGCUGGGGGCCGGGGGCAAGGCCUCAGGGACUCAGCUCUCUUAGCCCUAUUCCGCCUGCCUGGUGACAGAAACAUGCCUUUCCUGGUGUAGGUGUCCUUGGGCCCCUGAAAUAAACCAGAAUCCCAUUUGCUGUAGUCUGGAGUUGAGCAGGCAGUACCUGUGAAUGGCCUCUUGUGCUUGCCUCCCCACCUCCUUCAUGUUCUCUGUCCUUUGUCCUUGUCCCUCCCUCCCUCCUCACCUGUCUGUCCUCUGAGUUACUGCAGCCUGGGAGGGAGGGAAUGGUGUUUAGGCUACAGAAAGUCGCCAGCUGCUGCUGGUGGGAGCUCCAGUGCCUGAAGAUCUGCCCAUGGCCCACAUCCCUCACGACACUACCCAGCUGAGCCUGGACUGGGCCUAAGCACAUUCUGAACAUGUUUUUCAAGUGGCUGUUGCCAGUCAGUGGAAAUGGAAGUGAAGUUUUUCUCCUUGUAUUACACUUCUCCGUGGUGUGAUGUAUUCUAUUAGUAGCUCUCCCCCUCGAAGCCAGAUCUGCCUUCCCCUGGGCCUCCCGCUGGCCCGACCACUUGGCCUGCGAACUUGUCAAUUGUUCCUAAACCCACAAGGGGGCGCCCGAUGCCAUAGAUUCCACUCAGGGCAGUGGCACCCAGGACUCCCCUCUGUCCAGGGCCUACAGCUCUCUGCCCAGGGUCCCCUCCCUACAUCCCCAAGGUUGUGGUGGGGGAGGCUUGGUGUCCUGGAAGCCAAUCUCUAAACUCUGUCCCAGGAGCCUAUCAUGCGAGGGCCCAUCUCCCUUGGCCCCUGAGCAAAGGCGCUGGGGGAGCAAAGCAGGGAGGCCAGUGGGACCCUCCCAUCUCACCUCAUCCCCACAAGCUACUAUUGAGCUCCUUCCCUGCCUCCCCCUUUGGACCCCUCCCCGCCUCUCCCCAUCAGCUGUCCAGGCCCUGGGCAGAGGCCGCUGCUUUUCGGGAACUCCUCAGCCCAACUUGGUUCUUGGAAGCCACCCUAAAGCUGAACUGAGCCCAGUGUGCUCCUCUGUGACGUUUCUACCCCCAGGCUGCAAGCAGUCGCCGUGCCAAGGGGUGGUGUGGGGGCAAGCCUCAUUGGCUCUCCCCAAGCGACCUGCUACAUGAACAAUCUAAGUGUUAGCCGCGCGUGUUUUGGACACACAGCUCACUAGCCCCACUCCCCACCUCCACUCGCACUGCCUCGCCCCAAGCCCGGGGAGAAGUCUGCAGUGGAGGUUUCUCCCCUUACUGGGGAUGGCUCCUCUCUGAUGAGCUGAAAGAACAAGCACACUGUUCACUGAAAUACCAGCCCCUGAAGAUUCAAGUGACUAUUUUUGCCUUGCUUUGUGUGUGUACUUUCUGGGGAACCAUCUGGAAUUGAGUUACACAUUUCUCGACACCAUUUACCUAUAGAAUUUAGCAUCUAUUUCCUAAGCAUAAGGACCUUCUCCUAAAAACCGCAACACUGUUAAGUGGCUGCUAGAUGAACCGUCUUAGUGAGGUGUUUCUGCCCAGGAAGCCCCCCAAAGUGUGCUGGGCCCUUGGCGGAGGGCGGGGGCAGAACCCACCUCACAGUUCCUGCUGGUUCCCUCCCCUCCCGGAUAGACAGAGCUUGGGAGAGCUGCCUGGAGGGAGCAUGAAUGACAGACCAGUCCUACCGGGGAAGCCUGGACCAGCCCCGUUCCACCCCCGCCCCACCCCCGCCGGAGGAGCCGGCAGUCCGAGCGGAUUAGGAGAACACUGCGGCCAGCAGAGGGCUGCCGUGCGCUGGGUGGGAGUGCAAGUCGUUGGGGGUGGGGACAGGGAGCAGCCCCAGGAGCCUGGAAUAGCGCCCAGUGUGGGCUCCAGCCUGCCCACCAGGUCACGACCACUUGGAUCACCCAGGGUGCCGCUAAGGCCGCCGGGCCUAAGGCACCAAGAUGGUCACAGAGGCCUCUGCCUGCAGGCCCAGGGGUCAGGCAAGGAGAUCUUCAGGGCCAGCUUUGCUAGAGGAAUUAAAUUUAGAACAGGGAGACACAGUUGCCAGGCAGAAGCAGGAGGUGCUGUGAAUAGAACAGUGCUCUUUGCAGUGACAGAACUAUGAGGGAGCCGCUAUGCAUGUGCCAGAGGCUUCCGGGCAGAUUCUCUGACCCUCAUGGUGACCUCUGAGCUGGGCGACUUUGUCUCCACUCAUAUGUGAUCGAAUCUGAUGUUCAGAAGAGCAAAGUUGUCGCCCCAAGAUCAUUCUGCCAAAUAGAAAAGCCCACAUGCAGACAGUUUAGAGCUCAUGCUCUUGCCACCAUGGGGACGUUGCUCCCUGGGGGGGGGGGUCCCCACCCCAGGUGGGUCUGACAUGAAGGCCCAGGCUCAGACUCACAAAUUCUUCUUUAGCAUUUCUCUGAACAUGCCGAGCGUGCUGGUGCCUUGGUUCCCAUUUGUCCACUGGCCUGCAGUGCCCUCGCACAGCAUAGGUGCCUUGGGAAGCACGUGAAGUUAGAGGACUGCAGAGCCAGGGUCUGGGGGAGUCAGGCCCACAGAAGCAACAACACUCUAGAGGCCCGAGGAGGGGUGUAAGCAUAGAAGCUUGGAGGUAUCUCCCUCCAGAGCUUUCCUUCCCAGGCUCUGCAGGAGACUCUGGAAUGACGCUCCAGGAGCCUGUCUGGCACGGGGACAGAGGCCGGGCAUGCGCCGCUACCCCCUGCUCUGAGAUUCCCGCCCAGCUUGAGGUGUGCCAACUCUUGUGAGCCCGGAGUGGCUGGUUCUAGUUCAAGGGCUCUGAGCUGGCUCAGCCCCAAAGCAGGGCCUCUUUCUGGGC